GGAAACCAUCGUAUUCAGAUCUUCAACUAAUGACACAACCAUCCCACCUGUAGAUGACUUCAUGGAAAUAUAUUACUUACUAUGCACCGAAUACAUACGCACAUUGUGUAUAUACACCAUACUUAUUCAUGCCUUUAGUAUUUUCUGCUCUUUUGCUAUAACUUGGCCAUUUUUUAUGUGCAAAAAAUCUUGUAAUACAAUAUAGAUUUUUUAAUCUUCAGCUAACUGAUUUUUGAUCUUUGGUACGCAAGCAGCAGAGCACUGUGGCAAUCGUUAUAUGGCGUAUAGUACUCUGCCUUCUCCCACCCAUUCUUCCCCUUCUCAGCAACUGAAACAGGAUCUUCUGUCCCAACUGGGCACACCGGAAAAGACGGGAGAGAGGAGGGAGGGAGAGGAUCUGACCAAGACACUACUGGAACACGUAGUCAAACUAAAGAUGGAGCUGGCCAGUGUGAAAGAGGAGAACGAGAGACUGCAGAACGUGAGGUCCAACAUGGAUAAUGAGAUUCACGAGCUCACGGAGAACCUUUUCGAGGAGGCCUACAAGAUGGUGGACGAGGCAAAAGGAGGGAAGGUUUCCGCUGAAAAGCGGCUGGCCGACGCAGCCGGCAAGAUGGACGCCAUGGAAACGGAGAUGUCCACCCUCAAGCGCAUCAUGCAGUCUUCGCAGAACCCGCCGCAGGCUCGUUCCGUCUCCAAGACGACAGGGGCUUCCCUGAAUACCCUCCAUCUUCCCCAGUCUCACUCUCCCUCUCAAAAACACAUCAAGAGAUCCAGCAUCAAACGCGCCGUCCACAAAAUUCAGAAGCGAACAGGUUUGGCAGCGCCCAAGUCCCCCAGUACAUCUGCCAGCAGAUUGCCGCCAAUUCAACCACUGAUUGACCAAGAGGAGUAUGCCCAGUUUCACCGCUGGAUAAAGAGUCUUUCUCUCUCCUCUCCUCUCUCUCCUUCCUCUCCCUCCACCCCCACCCCCACCUCCUCCUCUUCCCCCCACACCUACCUGACGUCAAUCAUUGAUCAAGACGUCCGUCCAUGCCUCUCCUUCAAAAACACCGAGUUAUCGCAGCGGGUUCUACAGGCUGUCCAAGACAACUAUGUCACGAUGGAGGCUCUGCAAACGUCGACCAGCAGCAACGGUCACCCGGGCCACGUGCGCUCCUCCAGUUUACCUCCGGAGGGAGUGUUGUGUGCUCUGUGUGAGGCGAAAGAGAGAGACUGCACCCACAGACUGAGACUGGGAGAGGCCAAAGAGUGGCUCUACAUCUCACAGAGCUGCAGAGACAGGGUGGCAGCCGUGUGCGAUUUCUUCAUGCACAUCAGUCACAUACAGAAAGGAAUCAUAAAGGCAGACACUACAAAGCUCUACUGGGAAGUGGCCAGACUGCGUGGCCUGAUGCAGCUGUCUCGUUACUCCCUCUCCCUCCCUCCUGACCUCCCACAGACACCUCAUGGGAAGGGAGAGGGGGGAGGGAGGGGAGGGAGAGGGGAGAGAGAGAUCUGGGUCCUUACCAGAUGGACACUGUCCAGUACAGCGUUUCCAAGACAACACCGGCACAAUCGUUCCUUUUCCUCCGCCCGCUCUGGGAGACUGUCUCCUUAUGGCUCUGAGGGUCAUUCAUCGCCAUCUGAUGUUGGGUCACUGUACCAGGACUCUUCCUUCUCUGCAGAUCUCCAUCUCGUUGCUGAGAAGAUCGAGGACCAGGUCACCUGUGGGAUAUGUCUGGAGCCCUACAAACAGCCGAGGCUGCUCAAGUGUUUCCACGUGUAUUGCGAGCAGUGCCUGCAACGUCUGCGCUGCACAGAAUUCCAUCAGGAAUGGGAGGAAUUCAAAACCCACGAGAUUAUCGACCUGGACACCUUGACUGGAGACGUGACCACCCUCGUUCCUCCUCUCAAGAAGACUCUGUUUUGCUCCAAACACCAGGAAACAAAGGCAGACCUCUACUGCGAGACAUGCGACGAGUUGAUAUGUCGAGACUGCAUCGUUCGUGUUCAUCGCGACCACCAGUACGAUCUGGUGCCCGAGUCGUUUGCCAAGCAAGAGAAAGUGAUCGUGGACUCUCUCAAGCCAGUGGAAGAACAGAUUGCUACGUUAGAAAGAGCCGUUGAGUCGGUGGACACUCAGUGUGCUGCAGUUGUAGAACAGAAGACGGCUGUGGUGGCAGAGAUCCGCACUGCCAGGGCACACCUGCGACAAGCUCUUGAGGCGAGGGAGACAGAGCUGGUGGGUCAAGCAGAGCAGACGGCACAGCAGAAACUGAAGACCUUGGCAGCGCAGCGAGACGGGUUUGAACUGCAACUGGGCCAGCUGAGGAGCUGCCAGGACUUUGUGGAGGAGAGCCGACGUACUUGCAGCCAGGGGGAGAUUCUGAGGAUGAAGAGUCCUCUCGUAAAGCAAGUCAACGACCUGACAGGCAGCUUCAAGCCAGAGACAUUGGCUCUUGCCGAGCAAGCCGACAUGGUGUUUGCUCACAGUCUGCCUGAACUGAUGAAGAUUUGCCAGCAGUUUGGUAAGGUGUACUGUCAUCUAGUGUGCCCUGAGAAGUGUCGAGCCUCGGGUAAAGGAAUCAGGGUAGCCACGAGAGGGCAAACUGUGGCUGUCUCUGUAGAGGCUUUAGAUAGGGAGGGAGAAGCCUACCUCAGACCUGUAGACAGCUUGAGGUGUGAGCUAGUUGCUAGCGAUGGCAGCAGUCGAGUCAGGGGCACUGCAAAGAGAAGAAAUCGGAACAUCUACGACAUCAGCUACCAGCCUCAGGUCACUGGAGAACAUCAACUACACAUUCUAAUAGAAGAGCACCCGAUCUUGAACAGUCCGUUCACUGUCACCGUUCUAUCCAACUUCACUGCCCCAGCCAACAUCAUUAGAGGCCUCGAUAUGCCAUGGGGUAUAGCUGUCAGGGAGGGAGGGGAGGUGGUGGUAGCCGAAUAUGGUGGUGAAUGUGUAUCAAUCAUCAGUGGUAAUGGAGAGAAGAAAUCAUUUGGUACUCAUGGCUCAGGUCCUGGUCAGUUCAACAGUCCUGAAGGUAUAGCAAUAGACAAUGGAGGAAGCAUUCUUGUGGCUGACUUUAGCAACCAUCGUAUUCAGCAGUUGUCAUCCACUGGCAAACACCUCAGAACAGUCGGUACCCGGGGCAGUGGACCUCUUCAGUUCCAGGAUCCAGCAGGCAUUACAGUUCAUCCUCACACUGGCAAGGUGUAUGUUGCUGACUGUGACAACCACAGAAUUCAGGUUCUGAACUCCGACCUCACAUACUCCAGUAGUUUUGGUAGGAAAGGCUCUAACAAUGGAGAGUUCAAUGAGCCUUACGACAUAUCUACUGACAGAGAAGGCAAUGUGUAUGUAGCUGACAGUGACAACCACAGAAUCCAGGUCUUCACAGGCGAUGGAGUCUACUUGAGGCAGUUUGGGAAGAAGGGAGAAGGAGAGGGAGAACUAAACGGGCCAGUCAGUAUUGCUAUUGACUCUGCCAAUGUAGUGUAUGUUGGUGAACUGGGAACAAUCGUAUAUCAAUAUUCUCUACUGAUGGAGAGUUUAUCAAGUCAUUUGGAAGAAAGGGAAAAGCAACUGAAACAGGAUCUUCUGUCCCAACUGGGCACACCGGAAAAGACGGGAGAGAGGAGGGAGGGAGAGGAUUUGACCAAGACACUACUGGAACACGUAGUCAAACUAAAGAUGGAGCUGGCCAGUGUGAAAGAGGAGAACGAGAGACUGCAGAACGUCAGGUCCAACAUGGAUAAUGAGAUUCACGAGCUCACGGAGAACCUUUUUGAGGAGGCCUACAAGAUGGUGGACGAGGCAAAAGGAGGGAAGGUUUCCGCUGAAAAGAGGCUCGCCGACGCAGCCGGCAAGAUCGACGCCAUGGAAACGGAGAUGUCCACCCUCAAGCGCAUCAUGCAGUCUUCGCAGAACCCGCCGCAGGCUCGUUCCGUCUCCAAGACGACAGGGGCUUCCCUGAACACCCUCCAUCUUCCCCAGUCUCACUCUCCCUCUCAGAAACACAUCAAGAGAUCCAGCAUCAAACGAGCCGUCCACAAAAUUCAGAAGCGAACAGGUUUGGCAGCGCCCAAGUCCCCCAGUACAUCUGCCAGCAGAUUGCCGCCAAUUCAACCACUGAUUGACCAAGAGGAGUAUGCCCAGUUUCACCGCUGGAUAAAGAGUCUUUCUCUCUCCUCUCCUCUCUCUCCUUCCUCUCCCUCCACCCCCACCCCCACCUCCUCCUCUUCCCCCCACACCUACCUGACAUCAAUCAUUGAUCAAGACGUCCGUCCAUGCCUCUCCUUCAAAAACACCGAGUUAUCGCAGCGGGUUCUACAGGCUGUCCAAGACAACUAUGUCACGAUGGAGGCUCUGCAAACGUCGACCAGCAGCAAUGGUCACCCUGGCCACGUGCGCUCCUCCAGUUUACCUCCGGAGGGAGUGUUGUGUGCUCUGUGUGAGGCGAAAGAGAGAGACUGCACCCACAGACUGAGACUGGGAGAGGCCAAAGAGUGGCUCUACAUUUCACAGAGCUGCAGAGACAGGGUGGCAGCCGUGUGCGAUUUCUUCAUGCACAUCAGUCACAUACAGAAAGGAAUCAUAAAGGCAGACACUACAAAGCUCUACUGGGAAGUGGCCAGACUGCGUGGCCUGAUGCAGCUGUCUCGUUACUCCCUCUCCCUCCCUCCUGACCUCCCACAGACACCUCAGUAGGGAGAAAAUCUCCGCCCCUCCCUCUCGCCCACUUCCGCCCCGCCCCCUCUGUGACUUUAUCACACCAGUGACUUAUUGCUUAUUCAACUAAUAAAAUUAUGUUUAUAAUUAUGGCACAGACAUAAUAAUUAUUUUCUUUUUCAAAUCUGAUCACCUUUUUUCUGGCUG